AUGUCGAUGAGACUUGCCAUCAUUUUGUUGGUGUUGGCCGUCGGCGGCGUUCGCGCGUCGGCCGGAAUGUUUGAUAUCGCGCAAUUGAGAGAAAUCUCGUACGACGCCGAUAUCAGCGACAAUAUUCUCUGGUUUGCGCCAACGUUUGACAUCGCCAAAUUGACACCCGAAAAUAUUGACGAAAUCGAGCAGGAGCUUCUGCAGAAGUUGCCCAAGGAAAACGACGAAAAGUACACGUUUUUGACGAGCAAUGUUGGCCAGAAGUUCGCGUGCAGUAUUCCCGAGUUUUCGCCGAACAAGACGGACGUUGUACCGCCGACUAGUCGAAAUCCGGCGUAUUACGCGGACAUCAUAUCGGCAAGCUUUUAUGUGACGAAAUGCAUUCAAUUGAAAACCAACGGCUGGUGGAGGUACACGCUGUGUCGGGGAAAUUAUAUUGAGCAGACGCACGGCAAUAAAGGCGAUCCGGAUUUUGCAAACUAUUUAUUGGGCAUGUUCGACGGCAAUUUCAGCAUGCCCGAUUAUCAGAUGUCGACGGCAGAUCGCCUUCUGUACGUUGAAGAAUCGUAUUCGAGCGGAACGUUGUGCGAUUUGGAGAAUCAUCGCGAAUCGAGAAGCAGCCGAGUAAAAUACGAAUGCGAUGUGAAUUUGGGAAGCCAGGAGGCUUAUAUCGUCUCCGUCGACGAGAUCCGCCCGUGCCGUUAUGAGAUUCGCGUCAAAGUCGGCUCAUUGUGUACACUUUCCGAAUUUUUGGCGCCGAAUCAGUUGAAUCACGACAAAAUCAUGUGCUAUCCGUACAUUGGCGGGCAAAAUAUAAAAAAGAUGUUGGAGAAGCAUUUGAGAAUUGCGGACAUGAAGGCGUUUAAAGCGCGCCGAUUCGCCCAGGCGAAACAGGAAGUGGCAAUGGCGACGUAUCGGACGAUUGGAAUCACGACGACAAGGCUGGCGCAUUUGCUGGAGAAAUCGCAAAUUGCCCAGGCUGAAAUGGAUUAUAAGGCGAGAUUGUAUGAAUUUUUAUUGGCGAAAAUAACACUUCUUGAAUCGUCUGAGGACGCUGUUGCAAGCAGAGAAAAAGGAUUAUGGGCAUUAGUCGACAUCAAUGUCAUUCCGACGGUGCACACGAUUUACGAUAGUCCGUUGGAUAUGGAUCGCGGAAAUUUGUGGUUCUAUUUUCAUGAUCGAGCGUGGCCGAAAAAAGUAUUUCCGAGAUAUGUUAAACAUGUUGCGAUUGAAAAUGCCUACUUCAAACAUGCCAUGGAAGCGUUAAACAAGGCGUUGGAUGAUCAAAUGGAUGGAAGGAUAUCGUUUGAAACUCUCCGGCAAAGAUUCAACGCUCUGAUGACCCAUGGCGCUCAAAAGCCGCGCUGGGUCAUCAAUUUGCAUGGAAAUGAGGUGUUGGAUGCGCUGAAAUCGCAAUUCUUCGCGCCUAGCUACAGUUUCAAAAGCCUAAUUUCCGAAUUAUUCGCGCAACAUAGAUUUGAGCGAUAUAUUGCACUUAAAGAAGACGCCGAUGUUCCAUUCUUGUUGAAAGGAUUCGAAAUAUCUGAAAAGUUGUUCCAACAAUGUAGUCGAGAUAUUUCGAUAAUGAUACGAAGAGGCGGACCGGAUAUUCUUGAAGACGUCCAUCCGGAGGGAUUCAACCAAUCCGAAUAUAAAUUCAUUUAUUCCGGAUUGGAAUUCACCAGAAAUAAAUCGGGAAUGUAUAACGUGAGAAUUCCGGAUUUGCAAAAGUAUCGAGAAGAAUUGGAAGCCAAUUUCACCAGAUUGCUCUAUCCUGUGUAUAAUUCGCUUAGGGCGCAAUAUUAUAUUCGAAACGGCGGCGGAAUAUACUUUUUCCUACCCGAUCUUGAGUUUAUCCAUCAGCCGCAUAAUCCGGCGUACCGAUUCCACAAGAAUCUUGCGAAAGACUUGGCCGUUUUUGCCGCCUUCCUUUCCGACGCCACACUAUUUUGUCUGUCGGGACAGAUCCAAAUGUAUCGAUAUAAUCAGGCGCAUGUCAGCGAGGAGAAUAGUCAUGAAGUUUUUUGGAAAUUGUUUUUAGCUGAAGCGAGAAGCUCGAAAGAGGAUGAAGAACGAAUUGUGAAGAAAAUGGAGGAUUUGUUGGUUGGAGGAGGAAAUGAAGAGAUGGAGAAGGCGCUUAAAACUGUUUGGAAUAAGAAAGCCGAACAAUAUUGGAUGGCAUAUUUGAAGGAGGAAGAUGCUCGACGAAAGGAAGAGAAGGCGCUUUUGGACAUCAUUGACGAUCUGAUGCCGCAGGGAUGGAAUCAGGACAUCUCGCCGAUGGGUGUGAAGUUCAAGCAGCACGAUGACACCGAAUCGAUGGAUUUGUUUGAUGUCGCGAGAAAGUUUGAUGAAGCCACUGCGCAAAUCGGCAAAGGUGAUGCGCCGAUGAGUUUCGAGGAAUUCAAGCGGCAAAAAGCGCUGAAGAGGCUUGAGUCGCCGAAUCCGAAUGAGCAGGACGAUGGGUUCAGCAAUGAGGAAUUUUUGAACUAUUUGUUUAAUCAUUUGGAGAAGACAGGAUCAGAUUUUCUUGUGGCUUCCGAAGAGGAUUUGGAGACGUUGAUGGCGAACAAGAAGAUGAUCAAACAAGAGCUCGAAGGGUUCAUGGACGAGUUGAGAAUUCAAACGGAGUUGCACGCGAAAAAGCACGCCUACACGACGAAAUACGAAUGGAACGAUUCUGAAUCGGACGAGCCGAAAAAUUGA